AUGGGGCCCAGGGCAGGGGGCCCGGACCGCCUGCUGCUGGCCGUGGCGACUGCCCUGAUGCUGACCUCAAGGCCCCCAGGCACUUGCGGGCUCCGAAUCAUCGGGGGCCACGAGGUGAGACCCCACUCCCGGCCCUACAUGGCAUCCGUGAGGUUCGAGGGCCAGCACCUCUGCGGGGGCUUCCUGCUCCGUGCACGCUGGGUGGUCUCGGCGGCCCACUGCUUCAGCGACAGAGACCCCCGCACGGGCCUGGUGGUGCUGGGGGCCCAUGCCCUGCGCACCUCGGAGACCACACAGCAGGUGCUGGGCAUCUCGACCGCCGUCUGUCACCCCGACUAUCACCCCACGACCCACGCCAAUGACAUCUGCCUUCUGCGGCUGAACAGCUCUGCCGCCCUGGGUCCGGCCGUGGGGCUGCUGAGGCUGCCGCGGGCGGGCGCCAGGCCACCCAAGGCUGGGACACUGUGCUACGUGGACGGCUGGGGCUCCACGUCCAACUUCGAGGAGCAGCCCCCGGGGCUGAUGGAGGCUGAGGUCUAUGUGCUGGCCCUGGACAUCUGCAACAGCUCCUGGAAGGGCCAGCUGAGCCCCGCCAUGCUCUGCACCCACAGCGGGGACAGCCAUCGGCAUGGCUUCUGCUCGGCGGACUCCGGGGGGCCCCUGGUGUGCAAGAACCGGGCCCACGGCCUCGUCUCCUUCUCGGGCCUCUGGUGCGGCGACCCCAAGACCCCCGACGUGUACACGCAGGUGUCCGCUUUCGUGAGCUGGAUCUGGGACGUGGUUCGGCGGCGACCCCAGCCCGGCCCCCCACCCGGGACCCCUGGGGCCCCUGCGGGAGCUGCCUGA